AUGGACAACACAAUGAGCAGUACAAAAUUGAAUUUAGAAUCUGAGCCAAUAUCUUAUGAUAUGAAUGUGAAAAGGGAAAACGAAGAGACAAGCAGUGAUAGAAGUUAUGAAACCGAUGAUCCGAUGUUAAUGACACAAAAUCUAGACCCACUUGUGCUGAUCACUCCUGAUAAACGAAGAACUCGUAAAGAUUCUGGUCGUAAAUGUGAGUCACCUACUGAGCGAGCGUCGCGGUUAGCGAAGAUGUCAGCAUAUGCGGCACAGCGACUCGCUAAUGAAACGCCGGAUCAACGCGCCAGCAGGCUGCGGCGUAUGUCUGAAUACGCGGCGAAAAGAUUAUCACUGGAGUCCAGUGAACAAAGAGCCAAACGCCUCUCUCGGAUGUCAGCAUAUGCUGCCAAGAGAUUGGCAAAUGAAUCCCCAGAGCAGAGGCAGGCGAGACUAGCUAGAAUGUCUGCCUACGCUGCACGGAGACAAGCCAUGAAGAAAGUGGCCAGUCCUAGCACUUCUGAUGAUUGUCAUUCUGAAAAUUCUAACUACAAUAACAUACAAACAAUGCCUAACCAAAGCUGA